UAUCACAGGAAUCGCUGCCGUGUGUGACUUCAGCAGCCGCUGCCCUCCGAUGCGUGCCCUCGGAAGGAGGGGUAGCCUGGCGGCCAUGAGUCGAAUGUGGGCGUUGUGGUUAAUGCCAGCCUGGGAGCUUUCCUCUGGAACGGGGACGGUCGUGCUGCAGGCGGCCUCUAAGCAGAAUCUUCUGCAGCUACGGAGAAGGGGCGCCCUGCAGGACCCCAGGUUGGUUCCCGUGCGGAACUUCCGGGUGAGCCCAGUGUUUAGCACUUCCAAAAUCGCCCGUCCUGUCAAGGGAGACAAAAAAGACCGUGACAACAAAGACACCGACCGGUCCCUGGUGACCGUGGACAACCUCUUCGAGAGAGGGGCCAAGACCAAGGCCACGUUUCAGGAAGCCCUGGACGUCUUCUGCAAGCAGGACAUCCGCCGCCGGGGCCACGUGGAGUUCAUCUACGCGGCCCUGAGGAAGAUGAAGGAGUUUGGCGUGGAGAGGGACAUCGCCAUCUACAACAAGAUCCUGGACGUCUUUCCCAAGGAAGUGUUCGUCCCGCAGAAUUUCAUUCAGAGGAUGUACAACCACUACCCCCGUCAGCAGGAGUGCGGCGUCCAGGUGCUUGAGCAGAUGGAGACAAACGGCGUCAUGCCCAACAAGGAGACUUACUUCCUGCUGCUGCAGAUCUUUGGGGACAAGAGCCACCCUGUGAGGAAAUACCAGCGGAUCCUGUACUGGUUCCCUAAGUUCAAGCACGUCAAUCCUCACCCUGUUCCGGACCCUCUGCCCCAAGACCCCGUGGACCUGGCGAGGCUGAGCCUGCAGAGGAUGGCUGCGGAUCUGGACGCCAGAGUGACGGCCUACCAGCUGCCUCACGUAGAGGUCUUGGACUCUGGGAAAGAGAUCGAGCACCCGCACAUCACAGGGAUCCAGAGCCCCGACCAGCAGUCGCUCCUGGCCCGCCACAACCCAGAGAGGCCCGUCUUCGUGGAAGGCCCCUUUCGCCUGUGGCUCAAGAACGCUUGCGUUUAUUACUACGUGCUCAGAGCAGAGCUGUUGCCUCUCGAAGAAAGGAAAGAAGAGGUGAUUGACCCAGAAAGGAAUUUCUACUACCCCAUGCAACUGGACUUUGAUCUGGAACGUGGGCCUUGGGAUGAUGAGGAAUUCGACAUAGAUGAAGUGGAAGAGGGCCCUGUCUUUGCCAUGUGUAUGGCGGGGGCCGGGGACCAGGCCACCCUGGCCAAGUGGAUCGUGGGCCUUCAGGAGACGAACCCGGUUCUGGCCCAGACGCCGGUCGUGUUCCGCCUCACCCCAGGGCCUCGGGAGCUGCAGGGAAGACCUGACUUGGAGGAGAACGGCGAAGAGGAGACGGUGCGGUCUCAGAGCGGCCUCCGAGAGUCCUGAACCUCCCAAAGAUUAUUUUCAAGCGGUGAUAACAGCUGUUUGAACUGUGCAUCGUAGCCUCAAGGCCUCAGUGCAGACCUCCUUGCAAACGAUUCCCAGAAACUUUGGCUUGCAAGGGGUAACAGCGCUGAGCUCACACAGCAGCCAGCCACCUUUCCCUUUGCCCGUGAUGUUUUGGACACGGACAGGCAGGCAUGACACCUCUGCCUUGUCGGAAAUGAAAGUUGUGGAAGCUGGUCUGCCUAUGAGCAGCUUUGCAAAUAA